GACUAUGUGCUUGCUGUAGAUGCUUAUCGCACCGUCAUCAAAUACUACCCACAGCAAGAGCCUCAGCUGUUGAGUGGAAUUGGAAGGAUUUUCCUUCAGAUUGGAGACAUAAAAACUGCAGAAAAAUAUUUUCAAGACGUUGAGAAAGUGACUCACAAAUUGGAUGGACUACAGAGCCAAAUUAUGGUUUUAAUGAACAGAGCAUUUCUCCACCUUGGUCAGAAUAAUUUUGCAGAAGCUCAUCGAUUUUUCACAGAAAUUUUAAGGAUCGACUCAUCAAAUGCUGUGGCUAAUAACAAUGCUGCUGUUUGUCUUCUUUAUCUGGGAAAACUGAAGGAUUCCCUCCGGCAGUUGGAAGGAAUGGUUCAACAGGACCCUAAACACUACCUACAUGAGAGUGUUCUCUUCAACUUGACCACAAUGUAUGAACUGGAGUCAUCUCGCAGUAUGCAGAAGAAGCAGGCACUUUUAGAGGCUGUAGCUAUCAAAGAGGGUGAUAGCUUUAAUACUCAGUGUCUCAAGUUAGGAUAGAUCUUUCCAACUAACUUUUCCAACACAGAUAAUUUUUUAAAAUUGUAUAUAUUCUUGCUAAUGUGUAAAUGUGAAAUAAAAUCUAUUCAAUUAUGAAUAA